UAUCAUCUUGUCACACCGGUCACCGGGCCUCGGCAUGGAGUGGUUGGAGCAGCGGCUCGCCGAGCAGCGACGAAGCCUGGAGCAGCAGCAUGAGCAGAUGCUGGCAGACUGGAAGGCCUUGGACCAGGCCACGGCGUGUGCUUCCACGACCAAGUCGGAGGGACUCAACGAGACCCAGAGCGAAGCGGUGUCGCUUCCGCUCGAGGUCCGGUCGCUGCCGCGCAAGCUGGGGCCAAGGCCCAGCCGCUCGCUGCGUGAGUCCCUCACGAUGGACCUCGGUAAAUCUCAAUCUGAGUGGCGGUUGGCGCGCCUGGUCCGGUCCAAUUGCUUUGAGCUGUUCUUUGCUGUCCUGAUUGUGCUGCAAGCCAUCAGCAUGGCGCUUGAGGUGCAGCACAAGGGCAUGGACUGGGGCUACCGCCUCAAGUACCCAGGCUAUGACUUGUCCUCCGAGGACUUUUGGCCUCGCAUGCCUGUGCUGCUGGAAGCGGCCGAGGUGCUCUUCGGGUGCCUUUUCUGCUUGGAGGUGGUGUUGAAGGCCAUUGGGCUGGGCAGAAGCUACAUCCAUUCCUUCUGGAACUGGUUUGACUUGGCACUGGUUUUGCUCUGGAUAUUCGAGAUCUCGGUGGAGUUUAUGCCGCUGGAGAGCCCGUCUUUAAGGCUUCUGCGGCUAAUGCGGCUGCUGCGCCUGGUGAAGCCCUUGCGCACCAUCAAGAACUUCGACUCGCUGAUCAUCAUGACCACGGCGCUGAAGCACAGCCUUGGGGCGCUCUUCUGGGCUGCGGUGAUCUUGCUGGUGGUGGAGAUGAUGUUGGCUCUGCUGCUGAGUCAGCUGCUCAUGAACUACCUGGCCGAAAGCUCAGAUUUCCGGGAGGAAGUCCAGGUGAAGUUCUUCGAGUACUUUGGCACCUUUCCCAGGGCAAUGCUCACGAUGUUCCAGAUGACGCUGGGCACCUGGGUCCCGGUGGCUCGGGCGUUGCAGGAGCUGCUGGGACCGGCCUUCAACAUUGUCACCAUCUUGCACAAGGUGGUGGUGGGCUUUGCAGUGGUUGGCGUCAUCAACGGCGUUUUCAUGCAGGAGACCAUGAAGGUCGCCCAGUCGGAUGACAUCAUCAUGAUGCGCGAUGUUGCGCGGAGGGAGAAGAUCCACGCUGAGAAGAUGCGUUCAUUCUUCCGGUACACGGACCACUCGAGGGACACGCCCAUCACCCGGGCAGAGUGGGAGCGCGUCAUGGAGCGACAAGACGCGCAGCACUGGUUCGGGGCGCAAGGCUUGGUCGUGCGGGAUCCGGAAGCCGUGUUUAACCUGAUUGAUACCGACAAGAGCGAGAGCAUCUCCAUGUCGGAGCUUGUGUGUGGGGUGUCGCUGCUGAAGGGCCCUGCUUCCAGUUUGGACCUGGCUAUUCUGAAGGAGCGCCAGGAUCACUUGCAGUCACUGGUGGAGACCAUGCAAAGCAACCUGCGGAAGGAGCGGGACAAUGACAAGACGCGCGACAAGCGGUCGCUUUGAGCUCGACAGCUUCGGCUCAAUCGUGCCACAAUCAAACCCGGGGUACGCGAAGUUUGGUUCAGGAACCCGGUUUGAUUCUUGGAGACUCCAUUACCAGGUUUUGGUAUGUUUUGGUGGUGACUUGAUUUCUCAUCUUGGAUUUCGGGCUACGAAUGCCUGGAAGGACUAGCACAGUCUGUCAUGCCCUGUUUUCAAAGCUUUCUCCGACAUGUAUGUGAUAUGAGUGGUGCCUACAUGAGGGGACCCCAUGUCGUCAUGCCGACCGUCAAAACGGGGCACCAUGGCAGUGCCGUUGGCUUUUUGGGUCCGAACAGCAAGACCUGAAUCUGCUGAAGUGCAUCCCCAAAGGGAUUGAAAGGUGGACUCGUGCUUUUUGCCACCGAUGCAGGCUGAUGGGUGUCAAGUUGGCGCAGUUCGGUUGACU